AAUCUAUCAAAAUGAACUCAAAUAAUAAUAAUAAUAAUAAAUAAAUAAAAUAAUGUUAAUUGUCACACUGUUUGACUGAAUGGAGCUGAGGAUAAUGGUGUUCACCAUUGACGAUGAGCUUGUUAGGCCUUUGCCCUAACAACUCCCCUUCUCCUCUUUUCUCCUUCUCCAAUUUUCAUUUUCGUCUCCCCGUCCCUCGCCUCUACAAUCAUUGCUGCCUGAAAGGGGCAAAAGGUCCGGUCUUUACAGCACAAUUGGGUUAUAAAAGCGACAGGCAGAGUGAGUUCCAACCAAAGGAUUUGAUGGCUGGAGAAAAGGAAAUUUCAGGAAUAAAUAGAAACCCUUACCCGCCCAUUGAGCCAUACAGUACUGGUUUUUUGAAAGUGUCGGAUCUUCAUACUAUUUAUUGGGAGCAAUCUGGGAAUCCCACUGGUCAUCCAGUGGUCUUUCUACAUGGAGGACCAGGGGGAGGAACUGCUGCAGGCAAUAGAAGAUUCUUUGACCCAGAUUUUUAUAGAAUUAUUUUAUUUGAUCAGCGAGGUGCCGGGAAAAGUACACCACAUGCUUGCUUGGAGGAUAAUACCACGUGGAACCUCAUUGAUGAUAUUGAGAAGCUAAGGGAACACUUGGAAAUUCCAGAGUGGCAGGUCUUUGGAGGUUCCUGGGGUAGUACGUUGGCUCUUGCUUACAGUCAAUCUCAUCCGGAAAAGGUUACGGGAUUAGUUCUUAGAGGGAUCUUUCUUCUGCGGAAAAAAGAAAUUGAUUGGUUUUAUGAAGGUGGUGCUGCCGCUAUAUAUCCUGAUGCUUGGGAGUCUUUUAGAGAUCUCAUUCCCGAAAGUGAGAGAGGAUGUUUUGUUGAUGCUUAUAGUAAAAGAUUGAAUUCAAAGGAUAUGGAAACCCAAUAUGCAGCUGCUAGAGCGUGGACCAAAUGGGAAAUGAUGACUGCUCAUCUUUUGCCAAAUGAGGAGAACAUCAAAAGAGGGGAAGAUGAUAAGUUUUCAUUGGCAUUUGCAAGGAUUGAAAACCAUUACUUCGUAAAUAAGGGUUUUUUCCCUUCUGAUUCCUUUCUGCUAGAUAAUAUUGACAAGAUACGACAUAUCAAUGCUGUAAUUGUACAGGGAAGAUAUGACGUUUGCUGUCCAAUGAUGUCUGCUUGGGAUCUUCAUAAAGUGUGGCCCGAAGCGGAAUUAAAGAUCAUUUCCGAUGCAGGACAUUCUGCUAAUGAGCCUGGAAUAGCUGCGGAGCUCGUGGCUGCUAAUGAGAAGCUGAAGAACAUCCUCCAGAAGAAUGGACCAUAGUAACACUCCCAAGUCCUAAGUAUAUUUCUCACAAUUCUACUCAUCUAAUAAACAAGUCAACGGAAUCUGAAAUAAAUUGGGGGAUGCCAAAGUGUAUUGUUUAGUGGCAUUUGUUAAUGCUUUGAACAUUGGUCAUUUCUGAAAUGCAAAAGGUCAGAGAGACUUCCAACGA